AGAUGUCCUUGCACUGCCGAUCUUCAAGCAGGAAGAACCGCAGCUGUCUCCUGAGAACGAUGCCAAGCUGCCCCCCUUUCAGUAUGUCCUCUGCACAGCCACGUCACCUGCUGUGAAGCUGCACGAAGAAACCCUGACCUACCUCAACCAAGGUCAGUCUUAUGAAAUCCGUCUACUUGAGAAUAGGAAAUUGGGAGAGUUUCAAGAUUUAAACACAAAAUAUGUAAAGAGCAUAAUUCGUGUAGUUUUCCAUGAUCGACGCCUGCAGUACACAGAGCAUCAGCAGCUUGAGGGCUGGAGGUGGAGUCGGCCUGGGGACCGCAUCCUUGAUAUAGAUAUUCCGCUGUCAGUUGGUAUCUUGGAUCCCAGGGCCAGCCCAACCCAGUUGAACACUGUUGAAUUUCUGUGGGAUCCAUCAAAGAGAGCCUCAGCAUUCAUUCAGGUACAUUGCAUCAGCACAGAAUUUACCCCACGGAAACAUGGAGGAGAGAAAGGUGUGCCCUUCCGGGUGCAGAUUGACACCUUUAAGCAGAAUGAAAAUGGUGAAUACACAGAACAUUUGCAUUCUGCAAGCUGCCAGAUCAAAGUGUUCAAGCCUAAAGGAGCAGACAGAAAACAGAAGACUGACAGGGAAAAAAUGGAGAAGAAGACCACCCAAGAGAAGGAGAAGUAUCAGCCUUCCUAUGAGACUACUAUUCUCACAGAGUGCUCUCCCUGGCCAGAUGUGCCUUAUCAAAUGAACAAUGCUCCAUCUCCAAGCUACAACAGUUCUCCCAACAGCUUCAACCUUGGAGAUGGCAACAGUUCUCCAACCCACCAAGUGGAGCUCCUGCCUCCCAGCAAUGAUCAUCUCCUUCCUUCUGCUUCUAUUCAAGAUGCCCAGCAGUGGCUUCAUCGUAAUAGGUUCUCUCCAUUCUGUAGACUCUUCUCAAGUUUUUCGGGUGCUGACUUACUGAAGAUGUCCAAAGAAGAUUUUGUUCAAAUCUGUGGGCCUGCUGAUGGAAUUCGGCUUUUUAAUGCAAUCAAAGGAAGAAAUGUAAGGCCCAAGAUGACAAUUUAUGUCUGUCAAGAACCAGAGCAAAACAGGUCCCAUCUCCACCAAAAACGAGAAAAUGGAGAUGGCAGUCUUUGUGUAUAUCAUGCAAUCUUCUUGGAAGAAUUGACCACAUUGGAAUUAAUCGAGAAGAUUGCCAACUUGUACAGCAUUUCUCCACAGCAGAUAAAUCGAAUCUAUCGUCAGGGACCCACAGGGAUCCAUGUAUUAGUGAGCAAUGAGAUGGUGCAAAACUUCCAAGAUGAAUCUUGUUUUGUUAUCAGCACAUUAAAAGCUGAAAGCAAUGAUGGCUACCACAUCAUUUUAAAAUGA